UGUUGGCUUUUUGCAGCGUUGUGGUCGGUGGUCACUGGUGCUGUAGUCCCAGGUCCAGGAAGCCUUUUCCUCGGUGUUGCUGCUCUUAGUGCCGCCGCCGUCGUCGCUGCUGCGCCGCUGCCGCCUGCUCUGCGAGAUCAUGGUGUGCUUCCGCCUGUCCCUCGUUCCGGGCUUGGGGCUCGUUCUGUUCUGCCUUGUUCUGGGAGCUGUCCAUGUCCCCUCUUAUGCAUUGGAACUUACUUUGAAAGAUUCAGGAAACUCCACUUGCCUUUAUGCAAAAUGGCAGAUGGAUUUCACAGUAUACUAUGAAACUACAAACAAAACUCAGAAAAAUGUAACCAUUUCGGACUUUGGCACUGUGACAUAUAAUGGAAGUAUUUGUGGGGAUGAUCAGAAUGGUCCCAAAAUAGCAGUGCAGUUUGGAUCUGGUUUUUCCUGGAUGGUGAAUUUUACUAAGAUGGCAUCUUCUCAUUAUUCAAUUCACAACAUCUCAUUUUCCUACAAUACUAGUGACAAAACAAUAUUUCCUGAUGCUGAAGAUAAAGGAAUUAUUACUGUUCUUGAAGUUCCGGAAAUCACAAUUCCAUUGAAUGAGAUCUUUAGAUGUAAUAGUUUAUCAACUCUAAAAAGUAAUAAUGUUGUCCAGCACUAUUGGGAUGUUCACGUACAAGCUUUUGUCCAAAAUGGCACAGUGAGUACCAAAGAGUUUUUGUGCAGUAAAGAUAAUACUUCAACAACAGUGGCACCUACCAUUCACACCACUAUGCCGUCUCCUACUACAAAACCUACUCCAAAGGAAAGACCAGAGACUGGAAACUAUUUGGUUAAUAGCACCAAUGGUAUUUGUCUGCUGGCUACCAUGGGGCUGCAGCUGAACAUCACUCAGGAUAAGGUUGCUUCAGUUAUUAACAUUAAGCCCAAUACUACUGACAUCACAGGCAGCUGCCAGCCUCAAACUGCUCUACUUAGGCUGAAUAGCAGCACGAUUAAGUAUCUAGAAUUUGUCUUUGCCGUGAAAAAUGAAAACCGAUUCUAUCUGAAGGAAGUGAAUUUCAGCAUGUAUUUGGUUAAUGGCUCUGUUUUCAGCAUUGCAAAUGACAAUCUCAGCUACUGGGAUGCCCCCCUGGGAAGUUCUUACAUGUGCAACAAAGAACAGACUGUUUCAGUGUCUGGAGCAUUUCAGAUAAAUACCUUUGAUCUAAGGGUUCAGCCUUUUAAUGUAAUGGAAGGAAAGUAUUCUACAGCUCAAGACUGCAGUGCAGAUGACGACAACUUCCUUGUGCCCAUAGCGGUGGGAGCAGCCUUGGCAGGAGUACUAAUUCUAGUGUUGCUGGCUUAUUUUAUUGGUCUCAAGCGUCAUCAUUCUGGAUAUGAGCAAUUUUAGCAUCUGCAAUCUGAUUGAUUACAUAGAAAUACAUGCAAAUAACAAGAUUUUCUUGCCUUUCAGUUUCUAAAACACUUUGCUUCUUAAAAUUGAUAUGAUGAAACUUUCUUUUAUUAGCCCUAGCAUUUUGAGAUCAGUCUUUAUUAAUAAAAACUCUUCUCUCUGAUCAGUUUAAAAUCAGAAAUGUUGUAAUACUGGUCCAAGAGACAAACCUGUUAAAAAGAACAUUGGUGUGCAGUAUUUUAAGGUCUAGCUUAAGAAGCCUUGGCCGAAUUUUGACCCUCAGCUGAAAUGCCUUAAACUUAUUAACAUGGCCAUUGUAAGAAUAAAAUAUGUAGUUGUGUCUUAAUGGGAUUAAUAAAUAUUAUUCACUA